UCGCCACCGCCUCGCCACGAUCGUUGUUUCUACGCCGUCGUGUCGCGAGCAGAGAGAAAGAUAAGAGAUCCGAGAGAAGGAGAGGAAGAGAAGCUGCGAUGCCUCCUCACGCCAGUCACCACUGUUGUCGAUGAUGAAGCCCGUCGCCGCCAUCCGUGCUUCUAUCCCUGUCAGAACCGUACGCCGCCGCUGGAAGGACCUUCAUCGCUGUUGUUAACACGAACGAGAGAGAAGGAAGACCGAGGAGGGAAGGGGCUGUUCCCUUCGUUGUCGAGCCACAGCCGCCGCCGUCGAAGUUUUUGUCGCCGUCGUCAAUUGUCGGGCCACCAUCGGAGGAGGUCUGUGCUGCUAGAGCUCAAUGGAAGCCACUUGGAGUUGCUGUCACUCCUCCUGGUUCUGUUUGAAUCGUGUCACCACAUCUCUGGAUGCCGGGAACGACGUCAUGGCCGCCGAGACCACCGCUUGAGCCGCUGCUUUUCAGUUCAGUGUUUCUCCUUAGUUGCGAGCUGCUACGGUUGCUGCGAAAGUGGAUUGGAAUUGAAGUUGUGGCUGCCGAGGUUACAGACCGAGAAGAAGGGGUUUUGACGCGCUGUAUAGCUUUCGGAUUUCAACGAGUUGAGGAUGUGAAUCCUAGCAUAGCCAUCUUUUCAUGCGUGGGUGAGAGAAAAGAAGAACGAGAACAGAGAGUUUGUUCAGUAGAGAAGGAAAUAGUUCAGAUGCAAAUGAACUUUAGUUACUUAGUUAGCCACUAAGUUAGAUAAAGAAUGGACUUAGAUCACCUAAUGGGAUUGCUUAUGAAUAUGGACUCACUUCAUCAAAUUUGAGGCCUUUGUGAUUAGGCUUUCUCUUUCUUUCUUCUUUGAUGAAAUGGGUAGGAAGGAUGAAGCUCUCUUUCUUGUGCUUUAUUGCUGACCGGAGCAAUAAGAGAGAGUGAAGACAUCAAUCUUGUAUGAGAAGUUUGGUAGGAUCAAUUUGGGCUUGGAUUUUCUUCUUUUAGUUCUUAGCCCAUUUGGUUUCUUUGCUUAGUUACUUUGGGCUUUGUUGGUUAGAUAUUCACCAAUAAACUGGUUUUUGUUUCCUUUCAAUUGGGCUGCUGAUUCUUUGAUUUAUGACCUGCAACACUUAACCAAACACAUUUAAAACUAAUUAAUUACCCAAUAAAAUAAUGUUUGUUAUCAUCAAUUAAGUUAGUUAAUUUCUUAACUCAACAAAGAUGAUGUCGAAAUUUUUAUAAAAAUAAAAAAGCUUCAUUUGAAGUAAUUAAUUAAAAAAGGAGAAUUUAUGCUUGAGAAAAAGUGGUUUGUGAGCUUGAAAUAAUUUGAAAAAUGAGAAUUUUAAAAUUAUGACUGAGAUUGAUUGAUUUUGGUUUUCAAGUAAAGAGAUUUGAGAAAAAGUGACUUAUGGCUUGAAUGAUGAUUGAUUUAAUAUGAAUUGUUAAUGAAGUGCGGAAAUGAUGAUGAAUAAAUGAAUAUGUGACUUUUGCACUUCUUUUAUCUGAGAUACGAGUUUUCCUGAGUAAAGUACCGUAGCUUGCUACCACGUAUUCCAG